UCCUGCUCAAGGAUUCCCAGUAGCUAGCUGGCCAUGGACCGCUAUGGACCAGACGCUCGUCCUCGAGACGCCGGGUCAGGGCCUGUCGGACGACGAGGAGACAGUCUCGAGACAGUUUCACUUCCCCUUUCCCCGGGCGUACAAGAUCCAGCUCGAUCUCAUGCAGGCCAUCUUUCGGGCGAUUGAGGACGGCAAAGUCGGAAUUUUUGAGAGCCCGACUGGUACGGGCAAGUCAUUGAGCUUGAUCUGCGCUGCCUUUACGUGGCUUCAACUCAACACCGAGCGAGCCUCUAAAGGAGCACUAGCACCCACCAAAGGCUCGGAAACAGAGCCUGACUGGGUUGUCGAACAUGACAUUGAGAGACGCCGUCAGGAGCUCGCGAGGCAAGAGGAGGAGCUCAAUGACCGCAUUCGAAAGGCACGCCAACGUAUGGCAAAGGACCGAGCAAGGGUGAAAAAGGCCGCUGCACCCCGAAAGCGCCUCGCAAGAGGCGAAAGCGGGAGCGAGUCAGAUGAUGCAUUCCUUGUCGAGGAUGAUUCUACCUCUGGGCAGCCCGCAAAAGACGACGAUGCUGCCUUUCUAUCGCCAGAAGUGCGCGCCCUCAUGGCCCAGAUGGAGGCUCGAUCGGGUGGAGGCACGAACGCCGUGAAGCCCUACUAUGCUCGCCCAAGACAUGUCGCAAAGGAGGACGAAGACGAAGACGAGGAGCCCGAAACGACGCCAAAGAUCUUCUACGCCAGCAGAACUCAUAGUCAGCUGAGCCAGUUUGUUGCCGAGCUCAAGAAAACCGAAUUCGGCCGACACAUCAGCGUCGAUGAUGAGGAGGAAGGUGCACAGGUGCGAAGCGUCAGCCUGGGCAGCCGCAAGCAGAUGUGCAUCAAUGAAAAGGUGCAGGCUCUCGGCCAGAGGGCGGGUGCAGAGGCAAUGAAUGAGCGCUGUCAGGAGCUCAUGAAGGCCAAGGCUGGCUCAAAGAGUAAUCGCUGCGAAUUUCUGCCUCCCAGUGACGAGACCGGCCAUGCUCUGAUGCUCGACUACCGGGAUCGUGCACUCGCCGAAGUUCAGGACAUCGAAGAGCUCGUUGAGCUGGGCAAGGAGAUGCACACAUGCCCUUAUUUCGGCGCUCGAACAAGCGCGCGGCAAGCCCAGCUCGUCACUCUGCCUUACAAUCUCCUCUUGAACCAACAUGCAAGGUCCUCGCUCAACGCCGAGGUUGCCGGAAGCGUCGUCAUCAUCGAUGAAGCACACAAUCUCAUUGACACCAUCCUUUCUAUUCACUCGAUUGCCAUCACCUCGGAUCACAUCGAUCGAGCUCGCAAGCAGAUUGAGGAAUACCUCCGACGAUUCUCAUCGAAGCUCCGCGGAAGCAACGAGAUGAAUCUCCGGCGCCUUCAAAAGAUCCUUGAGGGCCUCGCUACCUUUUGCAAGGCUCUUUGCACCAAAGCUUCUUCCGUGAGACGGUCUGCAAUUGAAGAAAUCUUUACGGCCGCUGCAGUUGUCGGCAAGAUGGGCGGUACACUGGACCAGAUCAACCUCGUGGAACUGGAGUACUGGCUACGCGACUCUCAAAUCGCUCGCAAGGUCGCUGGCUACGCCGAGAAGCGGGAGAUGAGAGAAGCUGCAUCGAAUGGAACGAGGGAGAAGAGCGCAGGCCAAAGCGCCGUCUCGGCCAUGCACUCCGUCGAGACUUUCAUACUCUCGCUAGCCAACAAGAAGGACGAUGGUCGGGUCCUGUGCUCAGUCCGCGGCGAUCCACCGCUAGUUACAUUAAAGUACCAGCUCCUCAAUCCAGCAGAGGCAUUCAUGGACAUUGUCGACCAGGCCAAGGCCGUCAUCCUGGCUGGAGGAACUAUGGCGCCCUUGAGCGACUUCAAAACGCAGCUAGUCCCUACGCUACCUCUCGAGCGCUUCGCAAGCUUCUCAUGUGGUCACAUCAUACCUCGUGAGAAUCUGCUAGGGGCCGUGGUCCACUGUGGACCCAAAGGAACUCCUUUCGAGUUUAGGUUUGAAUCGAGGGCAGAUACCAAGCUGCUCGAUGACUUGGCAAAUUGCUUGGUCAACUACGCCAACAUUGUGCCGCACGGCCUCGUUGUGUUCUUGCCUUCGUACGCCUUUCUCGACACUGUUCUGGCCCGAUGGAAGGAGACGGCUGCGCUCAAGAGGCUCGAAGGCAAGAAAUCGCUUUUCUACGAGCCAAGGAGUACGACCGAAGUUGAUGGCGUCUUGAGAGACUACACACGGGCGAUUGACUCGAACGCCGGUGGAGCGAUGCUGUUUGCCGUCGUGGGUGCGAAGCUUUCGGAAGGCAUCAACUUCUCAGACAGACUGGCGAGGGCAGUCGUCAUGGUCGGCAUGCCCUUUGCCAACGCCCAAAGCCCAGAGCUGGCCGAGCGAAUGAGCUACGUGAGGAAGCUAGCAGGAGCAGUGCCGCAAGCUGCCAGGCAGCCAGACGCAGGGCAGGAGCUCUACGUCAACCUAUGCAUGAAGGCCGUAAAUCAGUCCAUCGGCCGAGCGAUCCGACAUCGAGGCGAUUUUGCUGCCCUCAUCCUGCUCGACCGUCGUUAUGACCGGCCAGACAUCCGGGCAAAACUCCCAGCUUGGAUCCAGGAAGGCACUCGAUCUUUCCCCGCUUUCGGACCGUCCAUUGCAGCUCUGAGCCAAUUCUUCAGAGGGAAGAAGGGCAUUGUGUUAUGAUUGUUCGAGGAGAGCUUAGCAUUGUAUUUCUAUCAUUAAUUUUAGAG